AUGCACUUCACCCGCUACGUGCCGGCCAUGGCUGGCCUCCUGGGCGCUGCCCAGGCCACGCUGGUUCCCAGCCAGGAGAUGGGCAUGUCCCGCCGCUCCCCUACGCCUUUCGACCUCGCCUCAAGCUGGGAUAACGAGAAUCUCUUUUCCGGUGUAGUCAGCAUCGCCACCGACACUGAGGCCGCCAUCACUCUGGACCUGACCCUCAAGGAGGCCCAGGUUGAGGGUAAGAUCGACCUCGGCUCCGUUACCGACUUCCUCAAGGACCCCACGCUUCGCCUGGACCUUGCCAGCAUCAAGGCCUACGUUGAGGUUGACCUCUCCGCCUCGGCCGCCGUCUUCCAGACAGUUGAGCUCGUGGCCUCGCCCGAGCUCCACGUCGACCUCGGCAUCCUGGACGUCGACCUGGCCGCUGCCCUUGCUCUUGACCUUAUCGUCGGUGUCAACGCUGCGGUUGACCUGACUGCCGGUUUCUACCUGUCCUUUGGCGAGGGUGACUACCUCGAGAUCUCGACCAUUACCAAGGGCAUUGUUGACUCCAAGAUCGACGGUCUUGUCACCAAGGCCCUCCCCGUUGCUGUCGGCGCCGAGGUUGACCUGUCUGCUGAGAUUGAGAUCCAGCUCGGUCUCCGUCUCCGUACCCACGUUCUCGUUGGGGCCGAUGUCGAGCUCCUUAGCCUCGACAUCCUGUCUGCCGGUACUGAGAUCGCAAUCUGGAGCGACUUCGCCCUUGCCCUGGGUGUUGCCGUCGAGGCCAACGUCGACGUCCUCAACAUUCUCGACAUCAACCUGGCUCCUGAGGUCACUGUCACCAUUGGUGCCACUGAGGGUGUCGCUAUCUGCCUGCCCAGCCGUGGUAGUGUCUCCCACCUUAACGGCGGUAGUGGCAGCAACGGCGGAAGCGGCAGCAACGGCGGAAGCAUCGACAGCAACAGCGGUAAGCCCUCUGGCUCGGUCUCGACCCCUGCUGCCCACACCACCACCGCCACCCUGACCCCCGUCAGCGGCGGUGCCGCCACCACUGCUGCCCCCAACGCCAGCUUCCCUGACAACGGCCUGGUCACCAGCACCUACUUGACCACCAAGCACUUCACCGUCACCCGCUGCCUUGCUUCGGUUGCCAACUGCCCUGCCUCGCACACCCAGAAGGUUGUUACCUCGACUGUCCUGGAGACCACCUAUGUCUGCCCUGCCACCCAGACCGGCGCCCCCACACCGACUCCUACUUCUUCCACCAAGAAGCCUGUCAAGACCAUCACCGAGACCGCCACCACCAUUGUGCCCUGCAAGCCCACCUCCAGCACCUUUACCCCUCCCCCUCAGACGGGCGCUCCCCCUCCCGCCACCAUCACCAUCAGCGAAUCCACCACGGUCUGCCCCGUGACUGAGUCUCAGACGUUUGCUCCCUCUGGCCCCGUCUACACCUCGGCUGAUGUCCCCGUCUUCACCCCCACAUCCGGUGCCCCUGGCUCUCCCUCCGCCCCGGCCGGUGUCCCUACCCCUAUCACCGCCCCCCCCAAGACCACCGGCCCUGCCGUCCCCACCUGGGUCCAGCCCAGCAACGGUACUUGGACUAGCAUUGCUACUCCCGUCGUGCCUGUUGUCCCAGUUGUCCCCGCUGUUCCUGGUGUCCCUGCUGUUCCUGGCGUUCCCGGAAACCCCGGUUCCCCGGGAACCACGUACGUGCCUGCCCCCACUGGCACUCCCGGUGUUGACUCUCCCGUCCCCGUUGCCGCUGCUGGCUCCAUCAAGGUCGGUAUGGCCCUUGCCAUGCCCUUUGUUGCUGCUAUGCUUCUGUAA